GCUGUCAAAGAGUCAGUGUGAGUGCAAAAAAUCUCAGAAGUGGAUGAACGAAAAAUUCUCUCGUUCCCCAAAAUUCAUUCAGUGUGUCCAGAAAAAUCAUUCACGUUUUUUCCCCUAAAACCACAAGAAAUCUCAUUCAAGUGUUGAGUGUUAAAGCAAAGAGGCUAAUUGUGAAAAUCAGUGCGUAGUGAUUUGUCAAUAAAAACGCAAAAAUAGUGAAUGAAGAAAAUGAAAACAACAAUGGAGAGAAUUUGAGAGAGAUUUUUGCUGCAUCCGCCUUCACGGAGGGGACACUAAAUUAUGCAGAAAAUCAAAAUUGAAGGCACUUCCAAUCUAUUUGCAUCCGCACACACGACCGAGAGUUAACAAAUUGACCAAGAAGGUGGGAUCUUCAUCAAUGAGAGAGUGUAGUCGAAAAUGAUCACCCGGCGAAAUUGGUUGCUGCGCUGCAGUAUUCUCAUCAACAUUGCCGUCUUGUUGUACAUUUGUAGUCAGUUGAUGAUUGAUGGUGGCAAUGUACCAAUCACACCCUCAUACAUUGUACACGUUAAUCCGGAGAAGCAGAAUCUUGUCAGAGCUGAAUCAUCAAGUGGGAAUAGGCCUUUCAAUCAACUUGAAAAUGAGGUGAGGGAGAAACCCAAGAGAGAUGACGUUCCGCAGCAACAAGUUGAGGAGGAGCAACAGCAGCUGCAUCAGAUGAAAGAUAUUGUUGACAAUAAUGGGGAGGAUAGUCGUUUUGAAGUGCCAACAGAGGCAAAUGUGCAUGGCAAUAAACUUCUCAAUGAGAUUGUCUAUCAGGACCUCAAUUUAGGUAGUACAAAUACAACAUAUUCCGAAGGACUUCUCAAUGAUAAGGAAUUGGAGAAUCGACUGAGAUCAGUGAUUAAAUGCCAUGACAGAGAUUAUGAUGCAAAAACCGAGCAAAGAGGUGAUUUUUGGGUACUCAAAAAUUACGUGCGUGCCGAUCAUGGGGAGAUUCAUUGCUAUGAAAGCAUAACGUAUACAACGCAUGCUGAUUACACAUUUCUGGACAAUUUGGUGCCAUUGCUUGAACGAUGGAUGGCGCCAAUAAGUAUUGCACUCCAUGCGCCAGGUUUCGAUUUUUCAGCUACAAUCAAUGCUAUUAAAUACUUGAGAGAAUGCUCAUCUGAGGCCAAUUUGGUGCGACAAUUUGUCACAUUUCACAUCUACUUCAGCAGUAAACAUAUUCCAAAGACGGUUCCGAAGUACGAUAAAGUACUGGAGACACCAUUUAAUUGUUCAAAUCCACCGCCAUUUCAAAACAUAUCCUAUGCCCAACUGUACAAGACACAGAAGAAACUCCUCUAUCCUGUGAAUGUGGGACGUAAUAUUGCCCGUGAUGCCGCACUAACGCACUACUUUUUUGCAAGUGACAUCGAAUUGUAUCCCAAUCCGGGUUUAGUGCGGAAAUUCCUCGAGAUGGUGGCACGCAAUGAUGCAACGAUGCAACGACCAAAACCCAAAGUCUAUCCACUGGCAAUUUUUGAGGUGGACAGCUCGGUGAAUGUGCCGCGUGACAAGACAGAGUUGCAGGAGCAAUUUCGCAAGGGGAAGAUUAUACCAUUCCACAAGAAACUCUGCCCAAGUUGCCAUGGGUUGCCAAAGUCAAAGGAAUGGAUGGCUGCCAAUGAUACGGAGGAUCUUGGGGUCUUUCACAUUGGGAAACGUGUUGGGUACUACCUACACUGGGAACCAAUCUACAUUGGGACACACGAUGAUCCUCAUUACGAUGAGAGAUUGAGUUGGGAGGGAAAAAGUGAUAAAAUGACACAGGGAUAUGCGCUAUGCGCUCUGGACUAUGAGUUUCACAUUUUAGACAAUGCCUUCUUGGUCCACAAGCCCGGCAUAAAAGUGUUGAAGAAGGACCCAAAACGUGCAAUGCUUGCUGCCAAGACAAAUCAACUCAUCCGUAAGAUUAUCUAUCCGGAAUUGCAGGUGAUGUAUGGUGUUAGAAAAGGUUGUGCUAUAUAGUAGUUGGGAGAAGGUGUACCAUCAGUGCAGAAGCAAAAAAAUGGGGCACUCUGAGAAAAUCCUCUCACCAUGGGGGUGGAUUUUUCAUCUUUUUAUGAUAAAUUAAAGAGAAAAAUUCACCUUGUCCGCAAAAGGAUCAUGGUGGGAGAAAAAAUGAUGCAUUUAAGGUGAACACGAGAAAAAAAUAAACAUAGAACAAAUAAAAGGGAAUCUCUUGUCAUCUCAAAGAUGGCAUACAGAGUCGAAAUUUAAAGAAGAAUUAAGAAGAAGAAAGCUAAAGAAAAAAAAUAUAGCAAGGAUGUAAUUCUUUUAAAUGUACAUACUAUACGAUAAGCCUAUACUUAUAUAAUGCUUUUAUCUUAAAUUUAGAAUAUUUAUAUUAUCCAUAUUGCUAUAUUAUUAUAUUAUAUAUUUUAUACAAUCAAAUGAGAAAGACAUUGUAAAGAAAAUGAAAACAAAGAAUUAUUUAGGCACAAUUUUAGGCCCCUCGUAGACAUGUUGAAUCUCUGAUUAUGCUGACUUUUUAAUCGUCUAUUUUCUCUCUCUCUCUCUCUCUCUCUCUCUCUCUUUUGAUUUUUCAUGCAUUCUCAGAAUUAAAGAGAAGAAGUGUUCAAAACGUUAAAAAAAAAACGAGUCAAACGUUAGAAAAGAUGCUUCAAAGCACAAGAAAGAGAAGAAUAAGACAAUUCAAACUUUUUAUUUUCUUGCUUAAAGUUUGCAACUUGCCUCACAAAGAGACUUCUCCUUUAUGUAACUCUUUUUCAUGAACUUUAAAAGGCAACAAAAUGAAGGGAAAAAGUCAAGAACGUACUAAAAUUAAUCAAGAUUAAAUUUCUUUCAGUCUAUGAGGGGGUUUAAAAGAAGAAGAAAAAAAACGUAACAAGGAAAUCAACAACAAAAAAAUAGUUCUUUAUAAAAAAAAAGAAAAAAAAAUCAGAACAGUACUUUAGAAGAAACAAAUUUUGCUGUGAAAAAAAACUCCCUUUUUAGAUAAAAGAAAAGAAAUAUAAGAAAGAUUUUCAUUCGUCUCAAAUGAAUGAAAUGAAAGAGAAAUUAGAAAAAGAAUCAUGCUGGUUAAAUUUUGAUGAACAAAAGAAAAAGACUAAAUAGUCCUUAAACAACUCUGAGAGAGAAGGCAACAUUUUGUUUGUUCUUCUUUGUUAAAUCUUUUGGUAAAUUUAAUUUUGAGCCUUGUUCAGAAGCUCUUCCAAUCACGUUCUCCCGUCGUAAGAAUAUCUUUUUAAGAGAAAAUUUUGACAAAAAAAAUUAGUCAAAAGUGUGGGCUUUUUACCAUUUUAUUUUUUUCUUUAUUUUGCGCAUUAUUCAACCACCGUGUCAUUUGUUUUUAAAAACAGUGUAGUAGGUAAUACAUAAAAUAUUAUUUGAAUAUUAAAAUGAA